AUGGGUUCCCACGCUGCACCCGACAUCGAUGCGAUUCUCGGUCAGUUGACACUGGAAGAGAAAAUAUCCCUGUUGGCCGGGAAAAACUUUUGGGAAACGGUGGACAUUCCUGAGAAGGGUGUCCCCUCAGUGAAGGUAUCUGACGGUCCCAAUGGUGCUCGAGGGGCCACUUUCAAAAAUGGCCCAACCGCUGCGUGUUUCCCAGCGUCGUGUUUAUUAGCAUCCACUUGGGAUUUGGACGCCGCAAGGGAAAUUGGAAACGCAUUGGCCGAGGAGACCCAGUCGAAGGGUGCUAGAGCUUUGUUGGCACCAACAGUCUGCCCCCAUCGCCAUCCUCUUGGUGGUCGCAAUUUUGAGUCUUUCUCCGAGGACCCGUUGCUAGCCGGUAAAAUGGCAGCACAGUACAUCAACGGUCUACAGGAGAAAGGCGUUGCAGCAACGAUCAAACACUUUGCUGCGAAUGAGCAAGAAACCUGCCGUUUUACGGUCAAUGCCCACAUCGCCGAACGGGCUCUUCGUGAAAUUUAUCUCAAGCCCUUUGAGAUUGCUAUCAAAGAGGCCAACCCCAUGGCAGUUAUGACUUCUUACAACAUCCUCAAUGGCGACCAUGCCGACUCAAGCACUUACCUGCUGAAGGAUGUGCUCCGUGGCCAAUGGGGAUGGAAUGGUCUGGUGAUGAGUGACUGGGGUGGCACAAAUUCGACUGCUGGCUCUCUUGAGGCGGGACUUGAUCUUGAAAUGCCCGGUCCUACGAAAUGGCGGACGGCAGAGGCAGUCACUGAAGCUAUCAAGACUGGAAAGGUCUCGGAAGAGACCAUCAAUGCUCGCGCCCGUAACGUGCUUGAGUUCAUGGCAAAGCUGAGAUGCUUUGAGGAUCCAUCUAUCCCCGAAGAGAGGUCCAUCAACAAGCCAGAGCACCAGAAGCUCAUCCGCUCAGUUGGUAGCCAAGGCUUGGUUCUUCUGAAGAACGAGGGCGCGAUUCUUCCCCUAAGAAAGGAGAAACUUGCCAAGAAGAAGGUUGCUCUGCUAGGCUUUGCGAAGCAGGGUCUGAUUCAUGGCGGAGGCAGUGCAUCUGUCAAUGCCCAUUACCGAGUCACGGCCGAGGAAGGUCUUCGUGCUGCCCUCGGUGAUGAUAUCGACUUUGAAUACGCCCAAGGCGCCCACACCUUCCGUCAACUGCCUUUGAUGGACAAGAUGGUCAUUGAUCGAGACGGUCAGCCCGGCUGGACUCUAGACCUUUUCUUGAAUGAAGAUGCUUCGGGAGAGCCUGCUUCAUCUCAACACUCCGAUGUGCCCACUUACAUGCCUCUCUUUGUUAAGGAGGCAUGGGGUAGCCUCAGGGCAACUACUCAGUUUACACCCACGCAAAGCGGCCACCAUUAUCUUGGUCUGUCAGGACUGGGGCGCUCACAAAUUCUUAUCAAUGGUGAAAUAGUCUAUGAGCAGAAAGGCAAUUGUCCCGACUCAAUGGCCUUCCUCUUGGGAGGAGUGAAGGAGCCGGAAAUCACCUGGGAGUUUGAAGCGGGCAAAACCUACACCGUGGAGGUUACCACCCUUAAGCCAUCCAAGAGCGGCGGUGUUGCUCUUCUUGAUGGAUACAUUGGAUUCCGUGCCGGUUUUAUGGCCGAGGAAGAACACAACAGAGAUCUCCUCUCUGAGGCGGUGGAAGUUGCAAAGCGUUCAGAUCUCGCCAUCGUUUUCACCGGUCACACACCAGACUGGGAGACCGAAGGACAGGAUCAGAUCAGCUUCAAUCUCCCGAGCAACGGCUCGCAAGAUCGACUUGUGGCCGCUGUCAGCUCUGUAAACAAUGAUACUAUUGUUGUCAACUGCACUGGUGUGGCCAUUGACAUGCCCUGGCUCGACAGUGUCAAGGCAGUUGUCCAAGCCUGGUUCCCCGGCCAGGAAGCCGGAAACGCAAUUGCAGAUGUCCUGACUGGAGCCGUCAACCCCUCUGGUCGUUUACCAGUCUCAUUCCCGCGUCGACUUGAAGAUGCCCCCGCCCAUGGCAAUUUCCCAGGUGAAUAUAUUGAAGGACAGCUUAAUGUCACGUACGAAGAAGGCAUCUUUGUGGGAUACCGACACUAUGACCGGUCUGAAAAGCACCGCUCCCAAGUGCUUUUCCCCUUCGGUUAUGGCCUCUCCUAUACCACUUUCGCUCAUGCCGAUCCUGAAGUCUCACUUUCUGACGAUGGUCAGGGCAUCAAAGCCACGAUUAACGUGACAAAUACCGGCUUGUGCGCCGGUGCCGACGUUGUCCAAGUCUAUGCGGGAGCUAAGCUAGCGUCCAGCGAGAACCCUAUCAAGGAACUGGUGGGCUUCUCCAAGGUUUGGCUUGAGCCGAAUGAAAGCAAGCCUGUCUCCGUCAACUUCAGCACUCGCCAACUUGCACACUUUAGCGAGAAGACCGAGAAGUGGGAACUGGAGGAGGGCGUGUAUGAGGUUUCUCUUGGCCGGUCUGUUCAUGAUAUCAUUGGCAAAUUGGCUGUGUCUGUUGGUGCUCAAUCUUACAAGCUUUGA